UAGGCAGAAAAUUUUCACAAUAAGAUUACGGAAAAUUACCAAAAUUUUAAUAACUAACCCCCGGACCCCCUGGAAUUUAUUAACACAACUCCACCUCUUUUAAUUAAUUAAAAUGACGUCAUCAGUACUAACUAUCCACGCCUAUUUUAAUAACUAUACCCGCCUUUUCGCAGUAAAGGGCGGGAAACCGCGCCCAUUCAAAGCAAUGUCCAAGAGACCAGUCCUAGCCAAAAAAAGAAAGCAGAAGAAAGAGGAAGAGAAAGUCGUUCUUGAUAGAGUCCUGGGCCUAACUUGCAGCAAUGGCAACUCAUUAUCAGUGUCUUCAGCAGGAUCCUGUCUUGUAUAUCCUGCUGGGUGUACUGUAGUACUUUAUUAUCCAAAGAGAAGCAAGUACGGUCACAUCAUUAAUCCAUCAAAGAAGCCGAUUUCUUGUCUCUCUUUGUCGAGUGACGGUAAAUUUGUUGCCUUUGGAGAAUGUGGUCACAAUCCUGCUGUGCAGGUAUGGGAUGUGGUCUCAUCUCCUCCCACCCACCUGGUCAGUCUUAAAGGGCACGCCUUUGGAGUUGCUUGUUUGGGAUUCUCUCCAAACGGGCGGUACCUCAUUUCAAUCGGUUACCAACACGAUCAGAAUAUCCAUAUAUGGAAUUGGAGAGGCGGGGUCAAAUUAGCUUCAAACAAGAUCACUUCUAAGCAAGUGUUUGGAUUGGCCUUCUCUCAAGAUGGGAGCUGUUUUGUAACUUGUGGUUCAAGGCGUGUUAGAUUCUGGUACUUUGACACAAAUCAGAGAUAUAAAUCUACUCUCACUCAUCCUCUUAAUGGCCGCUCAGCAAUACUCGGUGAUCAUCAGAACAACACUUUCAUCUCCGUCAGAUGUGGGCACGGCCGACACUCCGGCCUCACGUAUUCCCUGACAAAAUCAGGCCUCCUCUGUCAGUUCAACUCUUCAAGAGAGCUGGACAAACUAACCGAUAUAAAGUCGGGCCGUGCCUACUGUCUGGAGUACAGCGAGUCUUUCAUUAUGUGUGGGUGUGGCGACGGAGUUGUGAGACUGUUUGACCCUGCCACUCUUGAUUACAUUGUUACUAUGCCACGCCCACAUCCUCUUACGGUACAGCUCUCGUUUGGACUUCAGUCAACUGUAGCUUCGCAGCAGUUUAUUACAGAGCCAGGGAAGUGUCCGGAUACUGUUGCUCUAGGAUAUGAUAAUAAUAAUAAUAAACUGGUUGCCGUGUACAAUGAUCACAGUCUCUAUAUUUGGGAUUUGAAGAAUCUCAAGGCAAUUGGAAAGACUCAUUCAUUCCUGUACCACAAUGCCUGUGUGUGGGAUGUACAGGCUUAUCCUCCAUUGGCUAAUGGUGUCAUUCCUUCUUUAUCAUUCAUCACUUCCUCCUCUGAUAACACUGUUCGGUUUUGGAACCUAACAGAAUCAAAUGGCUCUGAAACACAACUAAAGAAUGUCUAUUCUAAGGAGAUAUUCCAUAUAAUAUACACUGAUGAUACCGACACUACCUGUCUUAGGGACACCAGCCUAUUACCAGGCGAUUCCACUGCAGUUGCUGAUGCUUCUCGUGGCGUUCGUUCUAUUCAAUUCUCUCCCGAAGGACGUCAUCUGGCGGUAGGGGAUAGACAGGGAAACCUUAGGGUGUAUGAUUUGCAGUUUAUGGAUAAGAUAGUUGAGGUUGUUGCUCAUGAUUCUGAAAUAUUGUCAGUGCAGUAUUCGCCUGUUCACCCUUCCUAUCGGAUGCUACUGGCCACUGGGAGUAGGGACAGACUCAUACAUAUAUUUGAUGUGUCUGAUAAUUACAACCACGUCCAUACCAUUGAUCAUCACUCAGCUUCAAUCACUGCUGUCAACUUUUCUAUAUCUCAGGACACAUUGUAUCUCUACAGUUGUGGAGCGGACAAAUCUCUCUUCUUCUACACGUUGGAUAAAAAUGGCUCCUUUAAGCGCGCCCACCACAUUGCGGAGAAGUCCUCAAUGUAUGACAUGAUAGUUGACCCCACCUCCUCCCUCAUCGCUACUGCUAGUCAGGACAAGUUUCUACGGGUUUAUGGGAUCACUACCGGGAAGCUUAAGAAUUCCUGUAAAGUUUGUGAGGACGAGGGAACGACCGGUUUAUUGAAGUUGUCUUUGGAUUGUUCUGGAAGCUAUGUUGCAGUCAGUGGAUCAGAUAAAUGUGUUUAUGUCCUUCAUUUUAUUACUGGAGAACUCCUCUGUAAAAUACAGGGACACUCGGAGGUGGUUACUGGUUUGAUGUUUAGUAAUGACAGCUCAUAUCUGCUGACUACCUCUGGUGACAGCUGUGUCUUUGUUUGGCGUUUAUCCCUUGAUAUGAAAGAGAACAUCAGAAGACGUCUCAAAGAAAAUAAGCAAACGGCCUAUCUUGAAUAUUACACACCUCAAACCAUUCCAACACCAACCACGCCUACUUUGACCACGCCUACCCUAGCCACACCUAUGCCUGUCGACAGGAGAGAGACGUACGUUAUACCAAAAGCAGAUAAAGACGGAGCUCAUUCACUGGAUGAAACUGAUGUACCAGAUGAAGAGGGUGAAGAUGAGGAGGGGUUUAGGUUCAGUGUCAGUAAGUUACCUUCCUGGGCUCAGAGGACAGUGUACUCCAGACCAAGUAUAGCAGCUACUGUUGGAGUAGAGACAAAGAAAGGAGGAGAAGGAGUUACUGUACCACCACCUCCUGAUGGAACAGCUGUAGCUGGUCGCUGGGCUGAGAGGGUUACUGCUGAGCAGUUCAUUAUGAUUGAGGACAAAGACGCAUCAUCUGAAGGAGAGAGCUCAGAGGCUGAGAUAGAGAUGGUAGAAACAAGAGACUCUCCAGAAAAUACUGAGAAUAUCAAGGUAGAGAAAGAUGAAGAUGGUGAGACUAACUCAUCACUUGAGGAGGAAAAGGAAGAAGAGACUCUAAUGAAACAAGUAAUGGAGAAACUGCUAGAGGAGGAGGAGGAGGAGGAUACCACUGACAGUCAGACUCAGCCUAGUGUAACUGACAGUCUUAUGAGCAAUGAGGAACUGGUGUAUCCUAAAUCCACUGGGAGAGACAGCGUAGACCCCAGUAUGUUCAAAGUGACGACUCCCGAGAGAAGAGCUUCCGUGAAAAACGUGGCAGAGUUGGUAUCACCGACUGAGAAAAAGGUAGGGGAGGAGGAGGAGGAGGAGGAGAGUCCUGAUAGUACUUGCUCAACGCCCGAGACAAACAUAAAGUCUCUCGGGACUCUUAUCGUUGAUGAGUCAGCAUUUUUAAGAACUCACUUUGAGAGUUUGACGGCCGAGAAGGCUGACCUGAUUUUUGGCCCCGCCCCUGAGACAGACUCACCUGGAGUGGGUCCUACGAGAGGGUUUUCCCCUCCUUGCAGCCGACCGAGCAUAUCAGCCAUCUAUUAUAAUAGGAGGAGGAGCUUCACUACUGGGUGCAUUAAAAUUCGUCCUGUUACCAGCUCAACUUCUACUAAUUAUGCGUCACCCGAACUAACUGAUAAUCGUUACCGAACCCUACCCACUUCACCUCGCUCUACAGAGACAGAAUCAGUAAUAGACAUCUCUUCGGAAGAAACUAGCGAACCAAAGACACUGACAGUAGAGGAGGAGAGAAAGGAGGAGGAGGGGGAGGAGGAGCAAGGGAGAGAUGUUAGCGAUGGUGAUGAUGAUAGCUCGAAGUCACAUGAGACAGGGGAGACUGGGAAUAUUGUUAGGUUUCGACCAAGAGGAAGGGUAGUGAAGAGACCAAAAAUAACUAGAGAAGAGAUAACAAAGACAAGAAAAAGAUUGGAAGAACUUGGCUACUCUGAGUUUGCUGAGUCAAGUAAAGCUAAGGAAGCUAUAGAAGGAGAAGUGAAAUCAGUAGAAGAUGUACAUGUAGAUCAGACUGGUCAGGAUGACAAUAAAAAGGAGAGAGAGGAGGAGGAGGAACAUGGUGCAAGAGAGUCAGUUGUGAAAGAGACUGAUGCACAGUCUCUUGUGGAAGACGAUGAUAAAGUCUCAUUUGAUGAACUUUGUAACAGAGUAAACUCUAUCACUGGGCAAUGUCAGGAAUCACUUACAGCAUUAGGCGGUUUGUAUCAGCAGUCACUCUCCCUAUCAACUGAUAAUUCAACUAAACUUCAGUCACUCAUCAGUACCUCCUUACAAACGCUAUCCUCUCGACUCUCAGACAUAAGACAAUCAGCGACGCUAGACUCUCUAACUACGACCACGAAUCCACCGACAAGCCAACCUAAGCCAGCAGCUCUUCCAGGAGCUGAAUCACUUGAACCAUUUUUGGAGAACCUGUCAGAGAGACUGAUAGCAAUGAUGAAAGAGAAAUUGGAGAAGAGUGAGGACUGAGGAUUGUGAGAUGGUUAGUAUCACUACAUUAUAAAGUGCAUUUAAAACUAAGAGACACUGUUUCUUUUUAUCACUCAGUUAUUUGUUAUUGAUAUUUACAUACAGUCUUGUAGCAUAUAUAUUG